AUGCUGAGAACAACUACUUUUGAGUCCCCGAAAACUGUGACGGCAGCUUCUAAAGCGGUAACUUUUUAUGGUCAAUGCAAAAAACCAAGUAUUGGGAAGGUUUUGUUUGGAAAAUAUGAGUUUGAACCAUGGUUUGGGAACGCGGCAUAUUUUUACCCGCACGAAGGGCCCCACGAUGUGUUGGGAUUUGAAUAUGCCAACCAGAUAGCCUCCAAUCCCACGUCCCGAAUGCGGCUGAAGGCCGCUUAUAAUGAGAAGGAGUACUGGAUAGAGAAUUUGACGGUUUGCGAAUAUUGUUUCAAAUACAGCGCUAGGCGAGACGAAGUGACUAAUCAUACACGGCGGUGCAAACUCAAUAGAGCUAAACCUAAUAUCGGGAAAUUGGUCUACUAUGAUUUCCACAAGGACAUAAUUAUUAGGGAGAUAAGAGGGUUUCAAGAACCUUUGCUUUGUCAAAAUCUAUGUUUGUUUGGAAAGUUGUUUUUGGACGACAAGUCAGUAUAUUACAAUAUUGACCAUUUUAACUUCUACAUUUAUUACGGAAAAGACGGUGAAGAAAACUUUAAACCCAUGGCGUUUUUCUCAAAAGAAAUGAUAUCAUACGAGCUGGCAAACAAUUUGGCUUGCAUCUGUGUAUUUCCGCCAUUUCAACGCAGACAUAUUGGUGCAAUGUUGAUUGAAUUUCUGUACAAAAUUGCAAAAAGCUUGUCUGAAGAGAGCAGUGGUCCAGAAGUGCCCCUUUCGCCUUUUGGAAAGGUUGCUUAUUUGAGAUUUUGGUCCAAAAGUGUUGCUUCGAUAUUGACCAAAAAACAAAAGGCCUCUAAAUCUUUCACUUUGGAAGAGUUAUCAAAAACAACUGGUUAUCGAAAAGAAGAUAUCUUGUAUACCCUAGAGCAUAUGAAUAUUUUAGUGUUAAAGCCCAACAAUGAACUUAUUAUAUCAAUGCCUCGAUUCAAGAAGUGGAUAGCGGCUAAUAAAUACAAUCCCAAGCUGCAACAUGACUUGCUUGAAGCCAAGUACAUGCACUUUUAA